AUGGUUGGUUUAGUACAGGCCCUCCGGUUUAAUACCCGGAGUGACCUAGGGUUAAAUCCAUCAGCAAAUAACUUUAAGUGGGUUGUGCCGAAGUAUGUUGAGGCUUCUGGGUCCUCUAAUAUGAUGCAAACCCAAUGGAAAAGAGAAGAAAAGCGAAGCCAGUCGUGCCUCCGAGGGCGUCUGGCAGAGUCCGGCCGCGCGUUCGCAGGUGUAAGCGCCGUAACAGCAGCGUUCGUGAUCAAUGCAAUGAUGGCGAAUCCCUAUGGCAUUUUCCCGACGAUGCCCACGAAUAGCAGUGCCACACUUUUGUGUGCGCACUGCAAAAAGUUUUUCACGUAUAUGGACAGUGUUGUGCUGUGCGAGGGUGCGUGUAAGAGGUGGUAUCACACGAAAUGCGCCAAGAUCCCAGAGACGAAGUAUCGGGUGAUGCAGGACAAGGACGAGAACAAGAUCCUGGGACUAAAGUGCAUUUGGACGUGCAAGGACUGCAGGGACCGCCCCGAGCCCUCAAGGGACCUGGAGUUCGAGACUUUUGUGCGCGAGAGGCUUGGCAAGCUAGGGCAGGUGCUCGAAUACCUGGUGACCAAAAUUCAGGAUGUGGAGAACAGACAGAAGUCGCAGGAGGUCGAGUUUACCAAGCAUUGGCAGCAGCAGCAGCAACAACAGCAGCAACAGCAACAACAACAACAACAACAGCAGCAACAACAACAGCAACAACAGCAAGCCACAGUCACCAUACAGGGUACCGCCAUUCCGAGCCCUAGGACAACGCACCUCUUCCAAGACUAUGGCACACAAGGUCACCACUCAGGUCAGGCGCUGACUGCCCAACAGCAGCAACAGGCAGGCAAGGACCACAUACCUGGAUUCACCCCAAUGGAGCACAAAAUAAUUCAUGAGGUCAAGCUGAAGAUGGACCCACAGGCAGCUAAGCAGCAGCAGGAGGUGGAGGGUCACACCAGUGAUGGCCUGCAUCUCAUGCGGCCACUUAUCGACCCCAUAACCGGCCAAGAGAUUGAAGGAGCGCAAACACAAGAAGCUGGAGAUGCUCUCUAUGGUUUCACGGGGAACUUUGCUGGAGCCUCAGCAUCUACACAGGGCCAGGCCACAACCAACCCCACAGCCCUGAAGGAGGCAAUGGAGUGCCACUAUGACGACUGCAAAUGUAUCAAGCAGGAGAAUUCAGACCAGUCAGCGCAGGUGAAGCCAUGUUCCGGAAAGCACUGCAAUUGCACGUGCAAGACCCACAAGAUUGUGAUCACACACAAGAAGGAGCAUGUGGGCAGAAUCCACAAGUGCCCACACUGUGAGUUUACAAGCAAGCGGUCAGACAACGUUCGGCGGCACAUGCUCCGGCACACGGGAGAGAGACCCCACAAGUGCCCCCACUGUGACUUCAGUGCCAAGCGGCCACAUUCCCUGAAAAAACACAUAGAAAACAUUCACAACAAGGACCUGCGCCCAGAUGGCAUAGUCAGAUAAAGGGGUAAUGCCAGGAGUGUUCUUAGUAGGACUAAGAUGGGAGAAUCUGUAUGUAUAUGUUUUAUUAAGAUUAAUACUAGAGCACUUUAUUUAAUGGGGCUUCUGAAAGUACAAACGUCUUAUCUCCACAAAGCAACGAGAGCCACUGAAUAAAGAGUCUAGUGUUUUUCAUUUCCCAAUAGGGGAAAAAUCCUUUUUCAGAACACCAGUGUUUGCUUAUGGGUUCAUGUAUGCAGCCUUACCCGUGCAGGACAGUAGAACCUCCAAAGCUAGUGAACACGUUUAAGAAGGCAGCUACGUUCGUAAGGCCUUAGGCCUGAUGUUAUGUUUUUAGAAAAUAGUAGACUCAUUGACCAUCAGUUAGAUGUGUUUAGACAUAUUUGUACAAAAUGCUGGUUUUAUUGAAGCCUGCAUAUUGGCAUGAAUCAUGUUCCCUUACAUGUUCUGGUAUCUUUAUAUUGUUUCUAGAAAUUUAAUUUUUUAUAUAGCAGAUACUUUAUAAGAAUGGGAAUAUUAAUUAGUUCAGAUGUGUGUGCGUUGCAUAAGUGUGCCAGCAGUUUGUGUGGUCAUUAGAAUGAACACUGGAGGAAAGUGGAUUGACAUUCUGUCAACAUUAGGUCCACUUGCUUGCAUAGUAUAUUUGUUAUACAGAAACUCAAAAGUCCACCAAAAUCUGUGAUUCUUCUGACCACACUCAUGCAAUCAUGAAUGUUGUCAUAUGUUAAAAAUAUAUGAAAUCUGAAUGUCUCACUUUUUAUUUUGUUAUUAUCACCAUUGAUAUAAAAAAUGUGUAACUGCUAUGGUUAUUUUGGUACCAUGUACAACAGAUUGCCAAAAGUGUCACAUUACUCUAUUUACAUCCUCUUAAGCCAAAUCAGCAAAGCGUUUAUUCAUGCUGCUAAUUGUUGUGGCCUUCAUUUUGUAGUCAGACCUCACCAAAAUUGCAUUGGGAAAAAAACAAACUUGCAUUUUAAAGACAACAAACCAGCUGACACAGCCAUGCCAUAUUCCAGUCAGAUAAAAAUAGAAGAAAUGGUCUUGAAGAAUGACAAAUAAAAAGAACAUUGCUCUGGAGGUUCUGCAGUACUUCAGGCUAGGAUUUCAAGCUAGACCACCUUCUGAACACCAUCUCUCUCUCUCUCUCUCUCUCUCCCUCCUCCUCCUCCUCCUCCUCCUCCUCCUCCUCCUCCUCCUCCUC